GUCGAGUGGUGGACGUGAUUUUGCUAUUGGCGCUGUUGCUUGCAGGUCUCAUACAAAAAAGGUAGGAUUACAUGUCGCACACUCAUCGUCCCAGGAGAGCGGAAGGAUAUACAAGAAGGGAGUCCCACUACAGCCACGAGCAUCUCGAGAGUUUUGGUCGUUUGCCAAGUUACGACAUUCCGAGAGGACAUCUAUGGGUGGAAGAGGCGGCUAGUGAAAGAGAUUAUGAUGGACUAGGGUGUCCUGUACAUGGUUCCGCUUACUCGACACAUUCCGUUUGGCGUCCAGUACAACAAGAUUCUCGAGAAAGUCGGCAAAUUUUUGAAAAUGAAACUAGACCACUGUGCCCCGUUCACAAACGUCCUGCUAGUAUAGUCAGCAGCGAAAGCAUGCAUACUGCACUUUACGAUGACGAAAUCGUUACCAUAGACGCGGAGCCUAAACAAGAGCAGCGCGAACCUAUUCGCGCCUCGACAUCAAAGCAUUCAAAACAUUCAAAACGUUCCAAGCGCUCCAAACACUCCAAACGCUCAAAAUCAAGAAGUCGGCACACCUUCAGCCAAAAAUCACUCAAUGAGGAGGAAAAUUUGCAAAAGUCAGAGCAUCCAUCCCAAAGCGGUUCAAGAUACUCAUUACCCUCUGAUGACAACCUUUCGACACGGUCAUAUUCGACAGGAAUAAGUUUGACCACCACUGCUUCGGAAGGUUACGAUUAUAACAGCAGGGCAACGUCAUUGUUUAAUAUACUGAAAAACUUUGCCGACAAGUACCCACGUUUCGCGCUUUUUCUUGCUAUCCUAAUAUUUGCGUACUUCUUCAUGAACCAAGUAGAUCUUACUAUAGCACAUAUAUUUGAAAGUUUUAUAAGAUUUGCCUACCCUGCGAGUCACUACAUAGCAGUAACAAAUGAGCAGUUUUUUGCUAGAUUAGCCAGGAUGGCCACAAGAAGUGACGAGGUCAUGGAGGCAUUCUACUGUGAUUUUGCUCGAACAUGGUGUGAACGAUUUGAGCUAAUGUGCGACGUCCGCUGCUCAUUUGUAGAACAAACAUUGCAAAGAAUCCGGAAACAUCCGCAUUAAGUGAAAUGAUAAUUGAUCACCUGAACAGUAUCUUCGGAAAAUUAACGAUAAAAGAGAUAGCGAUAUUCUAUACACCAAAACUUUAUUCAUUACCC